CGCUUUAAGACAACCAUCUCUGGGAGGCUGAUUGAUUUCAUAUUCAUGUUGGAGGACAAGCUUGUUUCACACACACGCGCGCGCAAGAGCAGAGAUAGGCGCAGUGUUCCAGGAGAGGUAGAGCUCAGGUUAUCAGUGCUCUUGAAGAUGAAAGCAUCUUGAGAAUGACCCACACGCCUUUGGAAUAGAAGUCAGCACCGUUGCGCAUUUUUUUGGGAAGGGAUUUUACCCACCUUUAUCUGGAUUGGUGACAACAACAUCCUUUUAGAGGAGGAGGAGGAUAGAGAGAGAGAGGCAUGUCGGAAAAACACGGCCUUGACGACUCCAACCGUCAGACAAUGCAGCCCCCUCCGUACAUCCCGGGCCCGCAGGACCCUAACGUACCGCAGCACCCCAACAUGCCACCCGGCGCCCAGCCCGGCUAUCCCCCGCCACCUCCGCCCCCGGGUUCAGAGGGAUACCUCCAAGAGACUCAGUUCCAUUGUAACACCACGGGACCCCCGGGGGCCCUACAAGGCUACACAGUCCAGACUCAGGGCCCUGGAGGAACCAUGCCUCAUCCUCCAGUGGGAUACCUCCAUCCUGGGUACCCUCUGCAGCUGCAGCCGUGCACCGCUUACGUUCCUGUCUACCCCAUGGCCUCGGGGCAGCCUUACAUGCCCGCAACGGGAGGUCACCCAGCAAUGCAGCCGGGUCAGAUUCACCCCAUGCAAAUGCCUCCCAACAUCACCUUAAUGGAUCGCCGGCCGCCGCACGACUACUUGCCCAUCGCCGUGCUCACCACCGUGUGCUGCUUCUGGCCCACUGGGAUCAUCGCCAUCAUUAAAGCUGUACAGGUGCGUACGGCCAUCGCCAGAGGUGACAUGGUGACGGCGGAGAUCGCAUCCCGCGAGGCCCGCAAUUUCUCCUUCAUCAGCCUGGCGGUCGGCAUCGCCUCCAUCGUGCUGUGCACCAUCCUCACCGUGGUGGUCAUAAUUGCCUCGCAGCAUCACGAUGACGACUGGGAGCCAUAAUGAGGCCCGGGGGGCGGGGUUUUAAACAUCAGCUUAGAUAAUUACGUGGAAACAGAAGCACUGAUAAUAUGCGCUGCUAUUGCUUGCGGCUACACAACAUGCUGCCAUCCAACAUACACAUUGACAGCCAAAACAACCAAUUACGCUGGAUAUCCAAAUGCCAAAUACAAAAAUAUAUUCAACCAAUAUGUAUUGUGGGGGGUAACUGUGCCAUGUUGAAACAGUGUGCUGCUAUUGUAUUUAUUGAUGGUGCACUUGUGUAAGAGACUUAAAUUUAAGUGUCAAGAGGAGCCGAUCAAUACACAUUUAAUGCAUCAAAUGUAGGCUAGUUGACAAAAUGGCAACAAGGCCAAACGGGACUAUUUAUUUGGAAGAUGUUUUGUAUUUGCUGCUGUCAGAACAUACAUAUAAUAUGCGCCGGUUUGUGUAUUUCUUAAAAAUAUAUAUAUAGAGAGAGAGAGAUUUAUCGAUGUGCCAGACUUUUACUUUGUGUUCAAAUUGGCUUGAAUUGAAUACCUCACAGUAUUAUUAGUAUUAUAAUGAUGCCGCUUCAUACAGCCGUAGUAGUGCAUGACAAUAAAUGCAUUUGUUGCGAAGCAGUAUAACAUUUCCAAAAGUGUUUUUCCGAAAUGAUUUAUUUGGUGAAGACAAGAACAAAAAAUGGAUCGUUUGAUAUAUUGUUUUUAGAAGCGUAUCGGCCUAUAUUGUGUUGCGCCUAGACACUUCGUGGUAGCGAUGAUUAGGAGACAAUAUAAGCUUGCAUGCCAUUCUCAAUUUGUUUGGAUUUAUUUUAAAUAUGGAGGAUUAAUGUGCACAUAUUUACACAAUAUUCUUCUGCCGUUAUUCUGUAUUUCCUUCAAUAUGGUUGUUAUUAUGUAGCAAUCAACAGCGAAGGAUGAUUCAAAUGAAUGUUUAUGCGAGAAGAGUGAGACAAAAAUAAUUAUAAUAAUGCCUAAACUGCUUUGUAGCACUUUGUGAAAAUUCUAUUUUAUCCAUCGUCCCUGGACCUAAACUGUUUUUUUUUUUGGCAGUCUAUAUUCAGAUCAUUUAUUUGCUAAGAAUUUAAAUUUGCCAAUUUUCUUCAAAGUGAAUCUAUUUUGCUAUUAUACACAGAACAUUAAUGUCAAGCCAUUAACAUUUUUAUUUUGUAAGUUACACUGCAG